GGAACCACUUGCUCUGAUCUAUAAUUUUUCACUGUCUUAGAUCUGGUCUCUCUCUCUCUCUUUCCUAUUUCUUUACACUUGAUUGUUGCCUAUAGCUUCAGGCUACACAGCCGGUGCCAUUCUUGCCCUCUAUGUCUCUCACAGAACACUGAAAAAGGUUUGGUUUUUCGGUGAUUGUCAAUCUAUUCUCCAUCCCUGUUGAUCAAGAAUGCAAUUCUUUGGGGGUUCUGAGAUCAGUCCUUCACCUCCUGCUCCAGCAGCUCCAGGAAACAAUGGCCAUAUGAUGUAUGUGUUUAAUAGGAAUGGUGUGUGCCUGCUCUAUAGGGAGUGGAAUCGCCCCUUGCGGACAUUGGAUGCCCAACAAGACCAUAAGUUAAUGUUUGGUCUGCUUUUCUCUCUGAAGUCUUUAACUGCCAAGAUGGAUCCCACCAGUGCUGCUGAGAAAGGAAACCUUGGUAUGCCUCAGUUACCUGGCCAAGGUUGUUCAUUUCACAGUUUCCGCACUAAUACAUACAAACUUAAUUUCAUGGAAAGUCCUUCUGGAAUAAAGAUAAUCUUGGUGACUCAUCCUAGAACUGGUGAUCUACGGGAAUCCUUAAAGCGUAUCUACAAUUUGUAUGUUGAUUAUGUUGUCAAGAACCCGCUUUAUACACCUGGAUCUCCUAUUAGGUGUGAGCUGUUCAAUACAACUUUGGAUCAAUAUGUGCGAGGCAUUGCGUAGAAGCUGAGUUGUCUUCAUUCAACACUGUAUAUGACUAUUGAGGUAUAACGCCUUGUUUUGCAUGGUGUAUGUUGGAGGCAUUGUGCAUUGAAGCCGAGUUGUUUGACUUGUUUCCAUCAAACACUGUUCAUUUCAUUGAUUUUAUUGAAUCCUACAAUUUAUGUUACCCUGUAUUUCUCUUCAAAUAUAUAUAACAAACUCAAGAUACCUAGUGUGACA